AGGCAGGAUUAAAAGGCAUUUAUGGGAAUUACCAUGGAGAUUUUGUCCUCGCCCUGUAAAAAUGUUGCAUAUCCAAAUUUUAUGACUUGUUUGUAUCUGAAACUCAAAGGAGUUGCCAAAUUCAAUUUUCCAUUACGCUUUUCGUCACCAGGGUUGUGGGCCCGUUGGAGCCUUCGGGCUAGAGGCGGGACACACCCUGAACUGCUCGCCAGCCAAUCGCGGGCCACAUAGACACAAUUCACACACACAUUCACACCUACGGGCAAUUUAGUUUUGAAGUACCCGACCAGGUACGUUUUGGGGCAGAGGCGAGGCUGGGACUUGAACCCACGUCCUCAGAACUGUGAGGCGGGAGCGCCAACCUGCCGCUAGGAAUCGUAAACAUGAAAUCAGGAUUAGUGAAAAUUUAAGGGAAUGAGGUGAAAUAUUUUGUAAUCACUCAUAAAUACCCUUGAAAUGUUACAAAUUGUCAACCUGUAUCUGAAAUACCAAAACGGUCCGCUUCAAGUAACCACAUUUGGGGAAUGUUACAGUAAUUACUUCAUCAUUCAUUCAUUAUGAACUUUACAUCAAGAUGAAACAAUGGGGAAUAUUGUCGGUAUAUAUACACACACAUGCAUAUAAGUCGAUAUAUUGCCAAUCGAAAUAUCCAUGUUUUCUGCAUCAUGUACUUCUGGUUGCUUAAUUUGGGGUUAUUUUUAAGGUUGCGAAUUGAAGGGGAAUUGGAAUUGGGAAUGGAUUCAGUGGAAUUCGUGACAACAAAAAUGGGACUUUAUUUUUUCAUAGUCAUAUUAAAUACAAUGAUAGAAUAGACCCGUAAGCAUCAUCCAAUGUAAAUUUGAGAUAAAGUCAUAAAUUGAUAAGGUAAACAUGCUUGCAUUAUUUAUUUAGGAACAGCAUUGCUCUUUUCUCUGAGCAAAUAUUGAUGUGCCAGAAAUAUGUUUGAACAGUGUAGUCACAUUCUGCUGAUGAUUUUUCCCGUCAGAAUGCAUCGAGGGAUCAUCCUAGUCGCGACCGUGGCGAGCGUUCUGGCCGCAUUUGCGGGCGUGCGGGCAACGGAACAUUUGACCUUCGACAAUUCCACAGAGGCAAACGUGACCCUGAGAGGCUGUGGGAUGAGCGUCCUGUGCCUGGAGUUGCCGGAAGACUGCGACCCUAUGGGCGAGACCCCCUGUCUGUUUACGUCCUUGAGCGCGACCACCCCCAUGGCUCCAGACGGAUUCAACCUGUCCGUUGGACUCAGCGGAAUCUCGACGGGACUAAUCGCCUUCGGACUCACGCAGAAUUUCGCUGAGAACAUCACCCAGCUGUUCGUCUGUGGAAUGAACAACAGCACUUUUUUCUUCCAAACCCUGAACAGAUACCCAAAUGGAACUCUGAUGCCAAACGAGAGGACUACGACUCAGAUCCGCAGCAGUCUGGACGGGGAUAGAAUCCAAUGUGAAUUUAUUAUUCCAAAUGUGAACACAAGCAUGAAAGGCGAGGAUAUGGACGGGACAACGGCCUUUGUCGUCUUAGGAAAUGGAACGGUGAACAGUACCACUGGGCUGACCGAGACCUUCCAAGAAACGUUCACAAGCAACAGGGUGAACCUCACUAACCCACAAGACACUGUCUUCCUUCCCAAAAUUUUGAACAUCAACCGAGACGGCUGUGGAAACGAAAAACUGUGCAUUGAGGAGCCAGAACGCUGUGACCCUCAGUCAACUGGGGAGUGUCUGUUCACAUCCUUGAACACCGACACUCCCAUGAACGGAAUCUUCAACAUCUCGGUGGAGCUCGCCGGAGAGUCAGAAGGAUUCAUCGCCAUGGGACUCACAGCGAAUUCCUCAGAGGGUGUGACCAUUCUUUACACCUGUGGCAGAAACAGCAGUGACGGGAACUCCUUUGUGUUCCAAACACUGCAAAGGAACAACACCGACAACUCACUCACUGAAGUGGAGAGGCAAGUGGCCGAUAUCUACUCUACCGUGAACGGCACGUCCAUCCAAUGUACUUUCACCAUCGUUGACAUGAGCACCAACACCAUGACCAGAGAAGCUUCCAUGGGAUCCGUCAGCUCCGUCGUGGUGGGGACGGGAGCCAUCAACGGAGGUGCCUUUGAAAACUUUGAAGUCUCAAGGGACAGCGGACCGCUGGACAUCACAGACCCCACGGCUAACAUCGAAGACCCUUUGGUGGAGAUUAUGUCCUUGAAUAUUAGCCGGGAAGGUUGCGGGAUAACCAAUUUGUGCGUGGAGACGCCGGAGGACUGCGACCCCUUGAUCGACAACAUGUGCCAGUUCAAGUCGAGCAACGUCACAGUUUCCACGAUGACCAACAUGUUCAACAUGACCGUCAGACUCAGCGGCUACUCCAUGGGAUACAUUGCACUCGGAUUGGCCCGGAAUGCGUCGGUGGGCACCAGCUCAAUUUUUGCCUGUGGAAAUGGCACUGAUGGAAUAAUCUUCAGAACUUUGACAAGAGACAACGUUGAUGGGAGUUUAACUGUAAAUGAGAGGGUGAUUAUCGGCAAUGCAACUAUUAAUGUGACCGGCAGAUCCAUCGAAUGCGAGUUCACCAUUGCAAAUUUAAACGGGGUGGAAACCAGGGAGAUCGACGGAACCGUUGCAGACAUCUUGCUAGGAAAUGGAACGCUGACUGACAAUACUUUCAACGAAUUCCAGAUCCUUCUGAAUCAAAGACAGAACCUCACCUCACCCACCGGUGAGAUCCUGGAAGUCCAGGCGGAGAAUGGCGCCGGAGCCGGAAAGAGCAGUGGCGCUAUGCUGAUCCUGAUGAGCCUCGUCACACUGCUGGCAGCGCUUCAAGGCUGAGAAGAGUAGAAAAGCGGCAGAUGAGGACGUCAUCCGUUCAAAUACAAUCAACGAGUUACAGCGCUCUCCUCCGUACACCUGUGAAAACACCCCAUAGUGUGUUCUGAUAAUAUUUUGUUUGAUUUUUAUGUUGUCUCUGUGCGUGUCUUCUUUUUGAUUAAGCUGUGUGAGAGUGAGGGGGGAGGGGUCGUCAUGAAAGCAGCUCAUUAGACUCAAUUAGA